AUGGCCGGAAGCUCGUUCGAAUCGUUGCCCAAGGCAACCCGCGAGGAGAUGCGCGAGGCCAAACUCCCCCUCGCAUACAGAGACGGCUGCGCCAACCUGUUGAUCCCUCUGAACCGAUGCCGAACAGAGAGCUACUACCUGCCGUGGAAGUGUGGUGACGAGCGACACAGCUACGAGAAGUGCCAAUACGACGAGUUCAAGAAGCGAGUGGCCAAGAUGAACGAGCUGAGGGAAGCCAAGGAGGGCGCACGAAGCAACUAG